AUGGCCGCCAUGAACUACAAGUGCAUCUCUGAGCUUGAUCCGAAAUUGUCUAACCCUAUGUUGGUCGGCAUAAUAAUAGGAAAAACUGAUAUUAAGCACUCCCCCGCCAGAAAAGAUGCUAGAGUGGACAGACUCCUUUUUAGCUUCACAAUUAAGGACUCUCCUGACUUCUUCAUCAAUGUGUUGGCCCUGGGAAGUGACCGUUACAUUAACACAAUGUUCAACAGUUACAAUAUCGGUGAUGUUGUCACUAUAGAAAAUCCAUUGGUGGCUAUCAAAGAUUUAGAGAAGGAGGAAAGAUUCUGUCCGACUACACCAAGUCCCUACAGGCUGAUACUGUCAGAGUUUUAUUCUCAAGUGCAUCUUUGUGUGGACAUGGUCACCAAAGACCGCUUGCUGCCACUGAUUCACAUCCCAGUUAAGGACUCCAAGGACUUCUACAAUCUGGGAGAUAUCCAGGCCUGCGGGAAUAAUCUGGACGGAUCGUUCAUAAACAUACUCGCUGCUGUGAAAGGAAUCGGCGAGAUGAAACUAUUUCAGAAAUCAGAUGGAUGCCCGGGACAGAGGAUGGAAGUGAAGCUUUUUGAUGAAUUGGUCUCAUCCUUCUCACUGGUUUGUUGGGACAGAGAAGCCAUUAAGCAAGUUCAGACUUCUGUGUGCAAAGGGGCCGUGAUCUUCAUAGCGGAUGCAAAGAUUACCUUUGACAGCUUCCGCAACGGAAUGACCGCAACAGUCAACUCCAAAACCAUUAUCACUGUCAAUCCUGACACGCAAGAGGCCGGCCUGCUCUACAGAUAUGCUGCGGAGAUGUUGAAAUCCGGAGCUCUGGAACAAGAUGACAUGCCACUGGAGUCAAUCACUGCCGUGUACACUGUUGCUCAACUGAAGGAAAAAAGCCAGGAGUCUCCAGAGCCAGUCUAUGGCAUCACAAUCAGUUUCAUCACCGGGUUCAAUCUGGAUUCUUCCUUUUCUAAAGUCAUCAAGACUCGCUGCACCAAUUGCAAGUUCCAGGUGACUGAGGGCAUGCAGUAUUGCAGCAACCAGUUGUGUCCGGGAAAGGGUCAAGUCUUCUCGUCCACAACUGGCUUUGACCUACUAAUGGACCUCAGCGACCGCACUGGGACUCUGCAGUGCAACCUAAGAAGCCCGGUGGCUGACGCCAUGUUGGGAUGCACUACUGAGCAGUUCACCCGUUUGACCGAGACCGAUCGGUCUGCGUUGAAGUGGAAGUUUCUCCUGGAGACGAGCAAAACAUAUGUGAAGAUGUUCCGCUCCACUCGCACAAAGAGUGGGUUCCGGGCAGUGGUCCUGUCAUGUUCACUGGUUGACACAGAUGAAGCGACGCAGCACACUUCAGCCCAGCUGAAUGAGGACUGAGGAACUCACCGAAGAUCCAAAGAGGACGUUCUAAUGUUCUUCUCCUCAAAGCAUGACACAGAAAUAUUGACAGUUUGUGUUUGGAUUGUUCUGUAUGUUCUUAAACUCUGUUUUAUACUAGUUACAAGUUUAAAAUGCUCAAAGCAUUACACAGAAACAUUGAUAGUUUGUGUUUGGAAUGUUCUGUAUGUUCUUCAACACUGUACUAGUUACAGGUUGAAAUGCUCUAAGCAUUACACAGUGUUAUAAUUCAAAUAAAGUCAAAUAAGCAAGUUUUCAAGACAUAUAGCUUCUCUAA